AUGCGGUGGUGGCUACGCGCGGCCUUCCUCAGCCUGCUCGCCGGCACCGGGGCCGAGGGCAGCGGGCCGAGCGGGGCCGUGGUGGGCCGCGUCGGGGACAGCGCUGUGCUGGGCUGCGACCUGCUGGGCACCCGCCAGAGCCGGCCGCCGCUCUACGUCAUCGAGUGGGUGCGCGUCGGCUUCGUCCUCCCCAUCUUCAUCAAGUUCGGCCUCUACUCGCCGCGCGUCGACCCCGAGUACCUCGGUCGCGUGCGGAUCGAGGAAGGCGCCUCGCUGCGCAUCGACCUGCUGCGCGCCGAGGACCAAGGCUGGUACGAGUGCCGCGUGCUCUUCCUCGACCGGCCCAGCGCCGACGCCGACUUCCAGAACGGCACCUGGAUCCACCUCACCGUCAACGCACCCCCCACCUUCCUGGAGACCCCCCCAGCCUUCGUGGAGGUGCGGGACCGGGAGGCGCUGAGCCUCACCUGCACGGCCGUCGGCAACCCCCAGCCCGUCGUCAUCUGGAAGCGGAGCGACCUGGCCGUGCAGAGCGGGGACGCGGUGCAGGUGAGGAACGGGACGCUGAGCAUCGCCGUGGUGGAGCGCGCCAGCGCGGGCACCUACACGUGCCACGCUUCCAGCAAGGAGGGCACCAUCACCCACACCACCCGCGUGCUCGUGCAGGGGCCGCCCGUCAUCGUGGUGCCGCCGCAGAACGUCACCGUUAACAUCUCUCAAGAUGCCUUUCUGGCGUGCCAGGCCGAGGCGUACCCGGGGAACCUCACCUACACCUGGUUCCAGGGCAGCAGCAACGUCUUCCACCUCAGCCACCUCCAGGCCCGGGUCCGCAUCCUGGUGGACGGGAGCCUCCUGCUGCAACGAGCCACCCCGGACGACGCCGGCAAAUACACCUGCGUCGCCAGCAACGGGCUCUGGAAGCCGCCUUCGGCCUCGGCCUUCGUCACCGUGCUGUAUCCGGCGCAGGUGACCACCAUGCUCCCGGAGACCCAUUUGCCCAAGGGGAUGCGGGGCGUGAUCCGGUGCCCCACCAGGGCCAACCCCCCGCUGCUCUCCGUCAGCUGGACGCGGGACGGGCGCCCGCUGGAGCUGGGCAAGCUCCCCGGCUGGUCGGCGCGACCCGACGGCUCCAUCGUCAUCGCCACGGGGAACGACGACGCGCUGGGGGUGUACACGUGCACCCCCUACAACAGCUACGGCACCGCCGGUGCCUCCCGGCCCACCCGCGUCCUGCUCAAGGACCCCCCCGCCUUCACCGUGCGCCCCAAGGAGGAAUACUUCCAGGAAGUGGGCCGGGAGCUGGUCAUCCCCUGCUCGGCCCACGGGGACCCCCCACCCACCAUCACCUGGGGGAAGGUGGGCAGCGCAGGGCAGGGCGGUGCCCAGGUGGACGGGAACGGCAGCCUCGUCUUCCGCCCCCUCGUCAAGGAGCAGCACGGGCGCUGGGAGUGCACGGCCACCAACCCGGUGGCCAGCGUCAGCACCGCCACCUCCGUCCACGUGCUGGGGACCAGUCCCCACGCCGUCACCAACGUCUCCGUGCUGCCGCUGCUGCUGGCGGCCAACAUCUCCUGGGAGCCGGGCUUUGACGGGGGCUACUUCCAGAGGUUCAGCGUCUGGUACACGCCGCUGGCGAAGCACCCGCCCCGCGCCCACCACGACUGGGUGUCGCUCUCGGUGCCGGCGGGGGCUCAGCACCUCUUGGUGGAGAACCUGCAGCCGGACACGAGCUACCAGUUCAGCGUCCUGGCCCAGAACAAGCUGGGCAGCGGCCCCUUCAGCCAGAUCGUCACCUCCGUGCCCAGGGGCUUCCCAGUGACCACAGUGCCUCCGGAGCCGCCGGCCAUGACCGUGCACGUCUUCCUGUCCCCGCCGCAGGCCCUGACCGCCAACGAGACAUCGCGCGGGGUCCUGCUGCGCUGGGAGCCCCCGGCCCGGCUCUCGGUGGCGCUGAGCGGCUACGCCCUGGAGCUGCGGCAGGACAAGGGCGGCUGGGAGGUGCUGGAGCGCUCCAUCCCUGGCACGGAGAGCCAGGUGCUGGUGCCAGGGCUCAUCAAGGACGCCUUCUAUGAGUUCCGACUGGUGGCCUUCGCUGGCAGCUACAUCAGCGACCCCAGCAACACGGUGAACGUCUCCACGGCAGGCAUGGAGGUGUACCCGUCCCGCACCCAGCUCCCCGAGCUGCUCCCGCAGCCAGUGCUGGCCGGGGUCAUCGGCGGGAUCUGCUUCCUCAGCGUGGCCGUCAUCUUCAGCACCGUGGCCGCCUGCAUCAUGAACCGCCGGCGCGCCGCGCGCAUCCAGAAGCGAAGGCAAGAUCCACCGCUCGUCUUCUCCCCCAGCCAGAAGCUCCCUGCUCCGCACCCUUCUCACGGCGCUGGUAGCCCGGCCGGCGCGGCCAAGCUGAAGCUGCAGCCGUCCCCCUGCCCCAGCCUGCGCCGGGCGCUGCUGUGGGGCGAAAAAGCCGGCACCAGCCUGGGGCUGAGCAUCGCGGGGGCCGGAUCCGGCUACGCCGUCUACGAGAGCCACGUCGGGGAGCACGUCCCCCUGGAGCGCAUCCGCCGCGGCCCCGACGGCCGCUUCGUGGUGGAGACCGCCGAGACGGAGAGCGGCUUCACCCCCCCGCCCCGGGACCCCCCCACGCACAGGGGACCCCAACCGGAGGAGAAGAAGGAGCCCGUUUGGCGCCAGGGGGUGGCGUUACGGCCCCGGCCCCCCGGGAACCCCCCAGCGCCGUCCGGCCACCGCCGGGGCCGCUAUUUCGGCUACGGCAGCAGCAGCCCCGUGGCCGAAGCGGCCGCCCUGUGCAUCGUCGAUGUCAGCCCCGUGGCCUCCGCCGCCACUCUGCCUUACAGCCCCGGCCCCCCUAGCGCCCGCUGGGACUCGCUGCCCCUCCAGGGCCCCCCCCCGGACUCCCCCCCGGCCACCACCGCCAGCCCCCAGCGUGCCGUGGCCCCCCCAGCCCAGAGCGGCAUCCUGCAGUACCUGAGCCUGCCCUUCUUUAAGGAGAUGUGCGUGGACGGCGACUGGCCCCCCCCCGAGGAACCGCCGCAGCCCCCCGCUCCCCCCCAGCACCCCGGGCGGGGGCCGGACUGCACGGACCCAUGUGCCAAGGCCCGGCCCCCCCCCGCCACCACCCUCCUCCAGCCCCCCAAGCUGCCGCUGGGCCCUGCCAAGGCCUCUCUGCCUGGCCCCCCCACCUGGCCGGCCCCCCCGGAGCCAACCCACCGUGGCCCCCCCUGCAACAGGACUGAAGCCGGGGAUGUGGCCCCCCCGGAGAAGUUGCUGCGGGGCAGCUUGACCAGCCAGAGCAGCGGCCGGGGCAGCGCUUCCUUCCUGCGCCCCCCCUCCCUGGCACCGUCCCUGGGGGGGCCCGGCCCCGGUACCCCCCCGGGGGUUGGGGGCAGCUGGCAGGAGGGCAAGGUGAGCACGGAGCCGGCCCUGAGCAGUGCUGGAAAGAGGAGGGACACCUCGGUGGACGAGAGCUACGAGUGGGAUGCCGAGGUGGCGUUGGCGUCCGACCUCCUGGCGGCCCUGCAGCUGUACCGUGCCGGAGCCCCCCCCCGGCCCCUCUCCACCAUCGCCCUCCGGGACCUCGAGCGGCAGCAGCAGCAGCCCGGUGGCGGCGGCUCCUCGCCGGUGACCUCGGUGUCGGCGGAGGCGCUGGCGGCGGCGGGCGGCCCCCCCGAGCACGGGCGGCGCAGGGAGGGGGCCCAGCAGCAGCGGCGGCAGAGGCUGGGGGGCCGCGGGGGCUGCGGCGAGGGCUGCGAGCUGGCCACGCUGCUCUAG